AUGGCUCCUAAGUUUAUUGAAAACUUAAAUGAUUACUUCCUUAUCAAGGGAAACAUCUGGCUUAUCACAAUCACUACUAUUGAGAUCUUGUUUUACAUUGCAUACACAGUUGUGUAUUCAAUUGACAAAACUGACUAGGGUAUUGAGCAGGCUUAAGUUUACAGAUGGACACUGACAGCUGUUCUUUUACUUUCAAUCAUUUAUUUCCUUUGGCAUUCUAUUUUAAACAAGACAUUAAUGGAACUGAUAUCAUUCAUAAUCAUGCUGAUACUCACUAAUGUCUUCUUCUUGCAAAGAGAAAUCAUCCUAAUUGUGUACUUGUUAAAUAAUAAUACAGUCUCAGACAUGGAGACCUUGCAAUUGAUUGUAUUCAUAAUGUCAUGCAUUGGAGUGGGCGGCUCAAUUAUAGCCUUAACUUUGAUUCUAUUGAUAGUCAGGCCUGUUUAUUUAAGUAUGUAUGAAGAUGUGUUCCUUAAAAUUGGAGCUAAUGGCAAUAUCUGGGAGGUAUACAAGUACUUUACUCUGACUAAGAGCUUUUUAAAGUUAGAUUUAUUAAUAUCUGUGGAAUUCAUGAUUACUAUAUACUUUCUGACUUAUAACACCAGAGAUUCCUUAUACUACAUUGCAGUAGAUAUUUUCUUUUCUGUUGCUAUCUUUGCCAACAACAUCCACGGUCAUCUUUUGAUUAACAGAAAGCUUUACAAGCAAUUUAUUGCUUUCGUGGUGAUUCGAUGUGCAAUUGAGAGCUAUAAGAUGUACAGAACAAUCACCAGUGCACUUGGCUAUACUCUGGCUUUGCAUGAUAUACCAAAUGACUUCAGCGAGGAGGACAAAGCUACAUAUCAGUAUUCUAGCAUUGCCUUCGAAGUAAUGGGGUUGAUCUCUGUGGUAUUCCUAGUGGUAUUCAUGAAGAAGACUAUAUGGACUUUCAACAGAAAUGAAUUCGACCUUAUCAGAAAUAAUUUCACCAAGGAUUUCUACAGACUGCAAAGAGAAGACACUCUCUUGAGCUGA